AACAACAACCGAGAAGAAGGAGAAGAAAAUGUGAUGAACGACGCAUAAAUCGGAAAAGUUUUUGAAAAUGUGUUUAAAUUCCCCGUUCAGAUACGAAUUGUGUAUACAUUAAGACUCGAGUGAUUUCUCAUAGAAGUUUUAACAAUUUGCUUCGUUAAUCAAGUGUUUUAUAAGAGCAAUAAAGUGUUUGGUAAAGGGAGGUGUGACGAAAACUUAAUUUCUUUAUGUUUUGAGGUCAGGGACAUUGACACCUGAGUAAAGAUUUUUUUAUGGAUGCAUUUCACUGAUCUCUGAGAUAGGUGAAGAUUGCCACGAAGAUAACGAAACUUUCAUCGUCCUGAAAGUCCACAGCCGUGGCCCAGUAACAAUACCCCGUGCUGUUUGGCCUGUUCUUAGCAGGUAAAAAAAUAGAAAAAGAGGGUGCAAUUAGUACAUGGAAGGUAUGACCGUGGUCUAUCCGAGGAAAAUGUUGUCUCGUUUCCAUCCCUACCACGGUCAAAACAUUAUCCUAUUCGAGGAGAAUACCGUCGCCUAUCGGAAGGCCAGUUUUGGCAAUGCGCUGACCUUCAGCGAGAAGCCGCUGCAGCCGGGCGAAGUUUUCCUGCUGGAGAUCGAGAAAAAUGAACGCGGCUGGAGUGGGCACAUGCGACUGGGUCUGACACAGCUGGACAUCAAACCGGCAUCGUCGUUGCAGUACGCACUUCCUGAUCUCGCUAAUCUCGGUUCCAGCUGGGUAUUCCCCAUUACACGAACCGUCGGAAGUGUAACCACCAAAAGUAGCAUCCUGGGGGACGGAAUCAAUGUGAAAACCUCACGAGGAGCGUUUCCGCGCAGUCUGCUGCGGCCGAUUUCGCAAGAUGGGGUUAGUGCAGAUAUUUUACCGACCGACACCAAUUCCCGCAUCGGAAUCGUUUUUGUGCCUACGGCAAACGAAGCCGACAAGGCCGAAAUGCAUUUCAUCAUCAACGGUGAAGAUCAGGGUCCGUGCACGCUGGAUAUUCCCUACAAAAAGGGGGCACUUCACGUGGUCAUCGACGUCUACGGCACAACCAAACAGGUGAAAAUCAUUCAACUGUACGGUAUCUCAACGUUACAAAGCGCCUGUCGGGAUGCCAUCCUGUCCAGGGUUCCGAAAUCGGACAUCCGGCGGCUACCGUUGCCCGAAAGUUUAAAAGAGUACCUUCUACAGUAUGGCUUGUAAGAUGAAAUUUUAAGAUAUCUAUUGCUAUUUUGCUGGUAAACCAUUACUGUUGGGUUAUCUUCCUGACUGUCCUCAAAGUUGUGAUUGGGUUUGAACAUUAUUUAUAGGUUCUUCAACUCUGUACAUAAAAUUUGAAUUGGGUUCGGCUCCAUGCCACCAUCGUGGAACCAUCAUAGUUUACUCAAAUCUAUUCUCCGUGUAAAACAUCUGUGUUUCUCAUCUCAAAAUACCGAUAACUGAUAUGUCAAGAAAAGGGAAUCUCCGACAAGUUUAGCACAAACAAAUGCUCCGUUCUGCAAAUGUGAAUCAAACGUUAUAAAAUUUAAUAUUCAUUCUUCAAUUAAAGUCUGACUCCAGUUUAGAAUUGAUAACAAAAAUUUAUUUUGUGUUUUAAAACUUUUCUAUUUUUUUUUUGUUUAUUAAAUUUCUCCAACAUAUUUGACUGGAAAUAAAUGUUUCCUAUUUCAAAAAACACUCUUGGUUACCCUGGACAGAAGACACGCAAAACAACUUGUUAUUAUUGCAGACCUACACAUUUACAUUCUUUUGAAUGGUAUUCCACGGAGUAGAUAGAAGGGAGAUUGGGUUUGAUACGAUGAUUUGAAGGGAAAAAGAACCAAGUAAAGCUUUUCCACAUUAUGUUAUCACUUAAGAAAGUAUAUGUUAAGGGAAAUUUUGUUUGAUCACAAAGAUAAACAAGAUUGAAAAAAGCAUAAAUAAAUAUAUAUUGUAUGUAACAUAUUCGCUCUGCUUUUGAGA